AUGGGAUGUGAAGACGAAGUGUUAAAGAUCGGCAAGAAAUUGGAAAAAAUGAUUUCUAGCGGUACAUCUGACCAUGCUGCAUCUGUUGAUCUCCUAAAAGCUUUAAAGGAUCUACCUAUGACUUUGGAUGUUCUUCAGAAAACCAGAAUUGGUAUGACAGUAAACAAUUUCCGUAAGUCCAGCAGUGAAGAUGAGGUAAUCAGUUUGUCAAAAGCACUAAUCAAGAGUUGGAAGAAACUGCUUCCUGGUGAGACCACAAAUGCCAAAUCCUCGUCAAGCAAGAGCAACAGUGUGAGCAAAGUGGAUGAAUCUUCCCGAGACAGCACUGACAGCAAUUCUCAUGAAAAAGAAAAGAAGCAGGAAUCUGAUGUCAAGUCACCAAUCCAGAAUAAAAUCACUGAUACAACUGAUGCUGUUCGCCUCAAGUGUCGGGAAUUAUUAGCCAAUGCCUUAAAAAUAGAUAAUCCACCAGAUGGAGCAGGUAUUCCUGAAGAAUUAUGUGCAGAAAUUGAAGAUGCAAUAUACCAGGAAUUCAGAAAUACAGAUUUGAAAUACAAAAACCGUGUACGAAGUAGAGUUGCCAACUUGAAAGACCCAAAAAAUCCACAACUUCGUGAAAAUGUCUUGCGUGGCAUUAUUGACCCAAGUCGAUUAGCCAGUAUGACAGCUGAGGAAAUGGCCAGUGAUGAUAUGAAAUCCCUGCGCAACAAAUUAACCAAAGAAGCAAUCAAUGAACACCAAAUGGCUCAGACAGGAGGCACUGUUACAGAUCUACUCAAAUGUGGGAAAUGUAGGAAAAGCAACUGUACAUACAAUCAGGUACAGACCAGAAGUGCUGAUGAACCAAUGACCACUUUUGUAUUGUGCAAUGAAUGUGGACAUAGGUGGAAGUUCUGUUGA